UACAGUGCCAGGGAGCAGAGCAGAGCCCAGCCCUGCACCAAACACAGAUGGGACCAUGAACUCCAGCCACAACUUUAGCCAGACCCCCUCCGGCUCCUUCCAUGGCACGGGAGGCAGCUGGGACCAGCUGGGGAGCUUCCCUCGGGCUCCCAGCGUCCAUGGGGGGGCCGGGGGUGUCCGCAUCUCCCUUUCCUUCAGCUCACCAAGCUGCCUGCCUCCCGGAGGUCCUUGGGGACCUAGAAAAGGCAAUUCCUUCCCAGCUGCAAGUGGGAAGGAGGUGAUGCAGAACCUCAACGACCGCCUGGCUUCCUACCUGGACAAGGUGCGUGCCCUGGAGGAGGCCAACGAGAAGCUCGAAAGUCGCAUCUUGAAGUGGCAUGAGCAGAGAGAUCCUGGCAGUAAGCAAAAUUACACCCAGUAUGAGGAAAACAUCAGCCACCUGCAGGAGCAGAUCAUGGACGGCAAGAUGACCAAUGCUCAGAUCAUUCUUCUCAUUGACAAUGCUAGGAUGGCGGUGGAUGACUUCAGCCUCAAGUAUGAAAAUGAACACUCCUUCAAGAAAGAUCUGGAAAUUGAAGUUGAAGGUCUCCGAAAGACCUUGGAUGAUCUGACCAUUGUCACAACAGAUCUGGAACAGGAGGUUGAGGGGAUGAGGAAAGAGCUCAUCCUCAUGAAGAAGCGACAUGAGCAGGAAAUGGAGGAACAUCAUGUACCGAAUGACUUCAAGGUCAGUGUGAAGGUGGAUACAACUCCAGGAGAAGAUCUGAUUAAGGUUCUGGAGGAUAUGAGACAGGAAUAUGAGGUUAUAAUAAAGAAGAAGCAUCAAGACUUGGACACUUGGUAUAAAGAACAGUCAACCACCAUGGCCCACGAGGUGGCCAGUCCAGCAGCUGUUCAGAGCAGUCAAAGUGACAUCCAUGAGCUGAAGCGAACUUUCCAGGCCCUGGAGAUCGACCUGCAGGCACAGUGCAACAGGAAAUCUGCUUUAGAGAACAUGUUAUCGGAAACCCAGUCUCGGUACUCCUGCCAGCUCCAGGACAUGCAACGGAUCAUCUCCCACUACGAGGAUGAACUGAUGCAGCUACGCCAUGACCUGGAGCGUCAGCACAAUGAAUACAAAGUCCUCCUAGGCAUCAAGACCCACCUAGAGAAGGAAAUCGCCACCUACCACCAGCUCCUGGAGGGAGAGAGUGAGGGGACAAUGGAGGAGGAAUCAAAGUCAAGUGUGAAAGCUCCAAAGAUCAAGGCCAUCACACAGGAGAGUGUCAAUGGAAGAAUAAUUCUUUCUCAAGUGAAUGAGAUCCAAAAGUGUGCAUAAGGCCAAUAAAAUUUCUGCCUAUUGUAAGAACUACUUUUCUCCAGUGGAAAUCCUUGCCCAGACACAAAUGGGUGAGACCUAAGAUGUAUCCUUGGAGUUAUCAAACUCAGAAACUUAUUUUUUUUCUCUGUAACAAUCUCACCAGACAUUCCAUAAUGAUCUUAAUAUAUUGCUGCACUUUUUGAAUCAAAGUAUGAGUUCAUGAGCUUUUUAAAGCUCUACUUUUCUACUACAAUCUUCAGAUUGCCACCACUACAUAUCUGUUUUGUAGCCAAUAAAACUCUAUACCAGCUGCAUCAUGUCUUUGUUUAUAUCACAUCAUAUUCAUGUCAUUUUUAUAUCAAGGUCUCAUCCUAACAAGGGAUUCUCAGGGCAUUGUCCAUGAAAGAAAGGGACCUUAAUGCUUUGAACAUGUCUGCAGCAGCCAAACGCUGGGCAGAAUUACUACCUUGCAGCCAUGCAACCUAGGGAAAAGAUGUGGCUCAUGAGGCUCUCCAGACCUCUGCCAACAGGAAGGGGGGAAACAGAGGAGGGGAGGCCUAGAAAGUUUCACUGAGAAUGUGAGAUGACCAAAAAGUAUUCUAGCUCACAUUCAUACAUACAUACAUAACCUUAAGGGCCUAAAAGAAAGUUAAGGAAAGGGAAUUCAGAAAAAAAAAAAAAUCCUUAUUACAAACAGACACUAAGACCCUAAAAGGGGAAGUGACUUGUCCAAGAUCCAAAAUGCAAAUAUUAGGAUUGGGAGUAUUAUGUUGAGGUGGAGUAGGGGCUGAAGCACAGAGAAUAUGCACCUCUGUCCUCUCAAGAAGAUGCCCUUUUUUUCAAACUAUAGCAGUGUGAGCCACUGUUCCAAGGCUAGUACAGAGGAGUAGUGUUGGAGAAAAGGAAGAUAGAAAUCCAUAUAUCUUCUAGGCAUCAUCACAAUGCUGUACAUGGAAUUAUAGGAUAUUCACAAUUUAAGGGACCACAGGCACAGGCUAGUCAAACUCUCCCAUUUUACAGACAAAUAAACUGAGGCCCAGAAUAAUAAAGGCAUUUACUCAAACACUCAUUGGAUCCUUGCUAGUCUAGAUCCAGCUCUCUCGACUCCAUUAACAGUUAUUAAUCUAAAAGUGGUGUAAUGUAGUUCCAUUACCAUCUACCACAUUGGCAAUGCCCCAUGUGCUUUUUGUUUCUAUGUUUUAAUACUUUCUUGGAAAGGAUUGCUUUUGAUAUUUUCUGAACUGGGCAUCUGUCAAAACUGAAUUGGUCUUCCCUUUAAGGCAAUUAAUUGGUGUUUCUGAUUCUUAAUGCCCAAAGAGUGGAAAACCAACCCCUAACAAUCUGAAAUUAGGCAAAAGGAACUCAGGAUAAUCACAUCAUUGCAAAAAUGUGUUACUGGUUUAACUGAAAUAUACUAAUUCUCUGGA